AUGAGAUUCUCAACGAUAAUUAGCACAGGCAGGAUGGCACUCUUCAUCUCCAUCCUAGCCUGCACUCUCUCAGGUGUCCUUGCAGAUGACACUGAAGUCUCUACAUGGGCCGAAAGCGAAAUCCCCGAAUGGGCCACAGUCAACGGCAUGCAACUCUCGUUGUCAGCGAACCCCGGGCUGCAAUUUGCUGUGAUCCCUCUUACGUCGAAUCUGGGACUUAACGAUUCCACAGGUCGAGUAAUAGAUAUUAUUCAUAUCAAUGGUAAUAUGAUCGCGACAGACUCUUCAAAUUACAACAAAGUGACUGACAAAGACGAUAUCGCCUAUCUGUCAUGCGACGAACCCAAAGGCGACUCUUUUCUCAGUCCCAACAAGAUGCUCAACACAUUGAUGCAGCUUGAACCACAUAUCAAAGCGAUAGUCCUGUAUUCUACGUCCAACACAUGGUGUGCCAUCGACCCAGUCGACAACCUUCCAUUUACGAGUAUCUUGUCCAUGGCCGACGGAGGCGAGGCCACACAAGCCCUCAACCUUUUGAAUGGUACCAGCCGUGGUGAAGUUGUCAAAGCGAGCAUCUUCGGUAACAACACGGAUAACACGUUGCCGAAGGAUGAGAGCAAAGGGGGUAGCAACACGGCUGCCAUGAGUGUUUUGUACGCCAUCACUGGCCUGAUUACUCUGCUAUUCUUGGUCAUCAUCACGACAGGCGCUGUGAGAGCCCAUAGAUAUCCUGAAAGAUACGGGCCACGAAGUGCACUUGGCGGGCGGCCACGGCAGAGCCGCGCCAAGGGACUCGCUCGGGCUGUACUGGACACGAUCCCAAUUGUCAAGUUUGGAAACCAGACACCCACAAAGCCAGACCCCGAAUUGGAAUUGGAAAAUACGGACGGCAACGAUGCUGUCACGCAACGAACUGCGUCACGCCUCAGUGAGGCCAGACAGGCUGACGGGGCUCCGGCACCAGGUGGGGUGACCAAUGCCGUACCAGCCGCGACUAGGGCAUCGUCUUCUCCCGAGGGUGCCGAAGACGAGACGAGCGACCACUUAGGAUGCUCUAUCUGCACCGAAGACUUUACGGUUGGUGAAGAUGUUAGAGUAUUGCCCUGCAAGCAUCAGUAUCAUCCGGCAUGUGUUGACCCAUGGCUGAUUAACGUAUCGGGCACGUGUCCAUUGUGCCGCUAUGAUUUACGACCAGGCAAGGGUCAUGCAUCUGCGGAGGCGGACGUUGGCGACUCUAGCACGCUGCCGCCACCUUUGGCAAUGGAGGGUGCUGAGAACGACGCGCCUCAAUCAUCUCACCGUAACCGAAUCUCGAGACUUUUUGAUAUUAACCGCCUUCGAGAAGGGACCGUGGAAGAACAAAUGGAAGCAUUACGCCAGAUGCGGGCGGAAACUAAUGAAAAUAACAAUCAAGAGACGACAGAGGUUACUGAAGCUGCCGAAGGCGAGUCGCAAGGCCAAAGUGCACGAUUUGCGGCGAGGCUUCGGGAGAGAUUUAGAAUCCGCACACGCGCUCAAGCCGUCGAAGAUCAUGAAAGCCAACGGGGGAGCUAG